AUGACACGAGCACAAGAGUCCAACAGGAGUUCGAAAGAAGCAACAGAUAACUCGGGUUUUAUUGACAGAAUUGAGCAUGUCGCCGCCUUGUUCUUGGCCCCCCUUCCCAACGUUGCGAUACAAACGGGGAACCCAACCGGCCGCCCAACAACUGGAAACUGGAACACGGCCCGCCCCCCGGAUUCUAGGCAGAACCCCACAGCGAACCCCAACCCGAGGAUCCUGUCAUGCCUGCCAAGUGAUGCGCCCGAGAUACCAAAUCAAAAGAGGAAACGCGGUCGUCCACCCAACGCGUCCAAGACAGAAGACGCGUCGGGGCGCGCAGAGGAGACAACAACAAGAAGACCGAAGCCAGCAGAGAAGACGCAAACUGAAGAGGCAGAAGGCACAUCCAAUCUGGGGGCAAAGAAACGAGGACGGCCUAAGAAGACGCUCGAUACUGAAUCCCUAGAGGAAGAAUCCACACCUGCUGCUGUCGAGAAGCAGUCCAAACGAGGCCCCAAGGCUAGAGAGGAACCUGUCGCGGAGGAACCGCCUAACCCUAGGAAGAGAGGGCGACCACCCAAGGACCGUACGGAAGAUGUCAGUACCGACGCGCCUACAGAGGAAACGAGACCACGGAAACGGAGGAGGCCCUCUCCUGCUGCCGAGGAGCCAGUAGAAGACGAGGAUCAACCGGAUUUGGAACCAACCAAGAAACCAAGAGGGAGGCCGAGCAAGGACACCGGCAAGGUGACAGCGAAGGGCUUGCGUGGCGGAAAAGAAGCAGCGACGGCUGAGGAGGAACCAGCACAGAAGGAGGACGUCCGCCGAAGUAAAAGGUCAACCAAUCCAAGUCAGCAUUCCUCGAAAACAACUCAACGUGGGAAGGAGAAUAGGCGAGAUCCAUCAGCACACCAGGACAGCAGUCGCUCAUCACUAGCCGAAGUAUCCGUCUCUCAAGCUCAGAACCGGACGUCUCCUCCGCAGAACGAGCAGACCACCAAGAGCAGGAAAGGGAAGAAGGUAGCCGAAGCCGAGGGCGCAGAUGUCGAGGAGGAGGCGCCAAAACGGCAGCGUAGAAGGGGUCAGGCUGUUCCAGAAGCAGAAGAUUCCCAACGUCCUGAAGCGGCACAGAAAAAGAAGCGCGGACCAGCACAUCGUCCCCCCAAUGCCACCAUAAGGGAGAAGGCCGUACCUGCGGCCGCUGCUAAGAAACAGCGGGCAGAGAAACGGUCAGCCAAGGACUCGGAUACGACCACCACGGGACCAGCUGAAAAGCCGCGACGACGGAAGAACGCCGAACCAGACGAGAAUGAAGAGCCUCCCGCUCAACAACAACUCAAAGAACCAAAGGAGAAAGCACCUCCUGUCCCCAAAUACCGCCACCUCACUUCCCGCACUCGCCAGAUCCCCCGGUCCACCAUGGCCUCCAAAUGGUCACCGCUCGACCCCCCUUCCAUCGCCGCGGUAGACAGCAUCAUCGCCGACGCCUACCGCCCCAUCCUCUUCCGUCUCCGCGAAACCCGCAGCGACUCGAGCCGGCACGCGCACGCUCAGGACAUCCUAACCACCUUCGCUUCGCGCCUACACAAGAAGCUGGAAAAGGGCAUGCCAUUCCCGCCACCCUCCAUCCCUUCUGUCUCCAAGCAGCCGAGGGACGUCAGCGGCGAACCAGCAGGCGCAAGUCACGAAGCGGAGUUCGACUUUGAGAAGACUGUCAAUGCAAUCCAAGCGCUCGAGAGGACGCUCGAUCCACUGCUACACUCCGUCGCCCUCCUUAAGCGGGAGAAGGAGAAGGAAGAGCAGGAGUUGGAGCGGGCGUACAGGCGGUUGAGAACGCUGGAAACGAAUGCGCGGACGCAAUCGAGGGGAUGGAGGGAACGCGGGAAGCGGGACCACGUGUUGGCGCCGGGGAUACGGUCUACUGGACCUGGUGCUGCGAGGGAGUGGGAUGAAGAAGGGGAGAUUGAGUUGGUCAAGAAGCCCACGGAGGAGAAAACAAGUGGGAGUGUGUUCAAGGAGAUUGAAGGAGAUGAAGAGCUUGUCAAGGUGGCCCAGCAGUUGGGAAGCCAUAUGGAGAGCAUGAGAGGGAACUUGGAGCAGAUUGAAGGGGUGGUGCCUGCUAUGGAGAAGACGAAGGGCGCGCUGCAGGGUGUUUUGCAGAAGUACCUCGAUGAGAAACAGUAUGAGCAGGUUGUGUUUGGGUAA